AUGGCAGCGGAAGAGUGUUCACUGCUGUUCCCUGUCCAGCCAAACACACAAGCAGCCUCCAAAUCUCUUCGCACGCGACCAGCAUCCACAGGGGACUUGCCUGAUGGAACCAGCAAAGCUGCCAUGGCCAAGCGCAGAGGCAGCAUCAGCGACCUCGGCACGGUGGAGGACCCGGAAGACCGUCCCAUGACUCAAUUGGCACCUGCUGGCAAAGACGCGGCCACGGACAAUCUCGCGGUAAGCCCAUCACAAGAGGAAGGCCCCACCAUGAGGCAUCAAGCGACCUGGAGCCGGACACCAUUGGAAAGCCAGCCAGCUCCCACCCACUUCCAAGCCGAUGUAAACACAGAAAAGACCGCAGAUGGCCGUCCAAAUCUGCAACCCACACCUGUUGGCAAGGCCUUGGCUACGGAGAAUCUCAGCGUGGGCCCAAGGCAGCAGCAAGGCCCCACCACCAAGCAUCCAGCGCCAUCGACACAGACAUCAAUCGAAAGCAGCCGCCCCGUCUCUCAGGCCGACCUGAGCAGCCGCCCAGUCUCCCAGACUGACCUGAGCAGUCGCCCAGUCGCCAAGGCUAACCUAAGCACACAGAAGACGGCAGAUGGCUAUCCAAAUCUGCAAUCCACACCUGCUGGCACGACCUCGGCUACGGAAAAUCUCAAGGUGAGCCCGAGGCAACAGCAAGGCCCCACCGCCAAGCACCCAGCGCCAUCGACCCGGACAUCAAUCGAAAGCAGCCGCCCCGUCUCUCAGGCCGACCUGAGCAGCCGCCCUGUCUCCCAGACCGAUCUGAGCAAGGCAGAUGAGUGUCCAAAAAUGCAGAGAGAGAGACCUGGUAUGGAAAACCUCGCGGCGAGCCCAUCACAAGAGGACGGCCCCGCCAUGAAGUACCAAGUAUCAUGGAGCCGGACAUCGCUGGAAAGCAGCCAGGCAGGAACCAGCCAAUUCCAGCCCGUGGCAGAAGUCACACUGAAGACCACGUCAGGCUCAGCAGCUGCUUCCUACAACUCCAUGGGCCAGGCAACUGGUUCAACCCAACCUUUGAUGCCGCCUGCUAUUCUCCUCAAGGAUGGCAACAAACCACGAGAGCAGAAGACGGUCAGAUUCUCGGAUGCUGUCGAGCAAAGGGACAUCAGCCCUAAUCCUUCACGCUUGUCGUCUGAUGAUGAUUCCGCAGUGCACGCAGAGUCGUCAAAGUCAGCAGGGGCAGCAAAACAUCCCAGCAAGCUUACUGCGAGUCCUCCCACAACGCGUACAACGUCCAUGAGCGCAGCAUCAUCCAACGCAUCGUCGGCCAUGCCAACCGUUUCAGGCUCCAAACCAGCUCCUGUCCAGAGCUCAACCUUCUCUGACUUCCUUGUCUUCCUCAACGAGGGCGAGCAACCGCGUGAUUCGCCAAAGCCUCCUAGUACCAACAUGACAAGCCAGGCGGCUGCGAUCCCAGUGCAAAGUGAGAACGGUCAGCACAAGCAAAGCCUCUCCAACUUCUUGUUCAUGGCAGAUAAUUCCGCCCCUGUGACCGGUACCAGUCCGGACACGCAAUCCAAUCUCCACAGUCCGGAUGCGCACCACCACCAGGAUGUCCAGCAAGGGCACAGCAGCGUGGCUGAAAGCCAUCAGCACAGCACAGGGCAUGAUGGCAGGCCCGCCAAAAAGCACGGGAAGCAUGACAAGCAGGGGAAAAAGUCCCGCAAGGGUUCCUCUAGCACUCGCACAUCGACAAGCAGCGGUGGUGGUGACUCAUCAAGUACGGCUUCCGGCGACAUAGGGAAGGCCUAUGGUGAGCCCGACCACGUUUCCUCGUCCUCACCCGCGAACAGGGAACCUGUGGAGGUCACGGAGGAGUUCGCAAGGAAAAUGCAUGAACGCGGCUUGGCGCCGAGUCUGCAAGAGCGUGUCCUGAAGCGUGCGUACUUCUUGUUCGAAAAUGGUGAGUCUGAUGACUCCGAGAGAAACUAUUUUAAAGCUCUGAGAAUUGAGCUCAGCAAGUGA